CGAUUUGACUCUAGCUGAAAGAAAUAUUUUUAGUAAAAAAUAUUCUUAAGAUUUGAGUGAAUCCUUGAGUCCACACAAUGUGGGGCCGAAUACCAUUUAAUGUCCUGCCAAAAAUCAACCGAAAUUUCACACGCACGUUCCUUUCCGAAUCAUACAAAUGUACAGAAAGUUGGAAUCAACGCUUAACCUCACCGGUUCUGCAGAACAUAAAUCCAGCCAAUUUCUACUACGAAUUGGAACAGAAGUUCCAAACUUACGGCAAAGUGAGUCCAAUAGACAUCGAUAUACUUGCCAGUAAAAUAUCUGAGGGUGGAGAUAUAGAUGCCCUGGCGGAUCUUAUGCAUAAACAUCGGCUGACCGAGGAAACGUCGAACACAUUGGAUUCGACUGGACAUUCGUUGAUCCGGGCAUAUUUGGAAAAAUUUCAGAUUGACGAACUCUUACACAUCUUGGACGAUCGUUUGAAUUACGGUGUCUUCCUGGAUAGUUUCACAGCCAAUAUGAGUCUGGACGUAUUGAUAAAAAACAAGGAUUUCAAGUCGGCUGCAAAAGUAGCAACACUAAUUAUGUUGCAGGAAGAUUUUGAUAACAAAAUAACGCGAGCGUUAUCACUGUACGCCUGUGUGAAACACCUACAGAAACCAGAACCAUUUAAAGAACCACCGCCGGCACCAGUUGUAAUCGAAACUAAAACGAAGAAAAAGGUCGAAGAAGUCAAAGUUCGCGUCAAAUUCCUUCGAAACUCUUACUUUGACGACCACUUCGAUUUAACGGACGACAAUGCCCUGGUUGGAAAGACUUUGGUGAUGGUGGGAGAAUUGAUUCCAGGAACAAUUGGAAAUUCGGCUCAACUGCUCGGCUAUGGACUAUAUGGCAAAUACGAGAAAGGGUGUGAAUUUCUAGCGAAAGUUGGAUCGGACGUACACACGGAUGCAGUAGAAAUGAUGAAGACGUUCUUGCAAACCGUGAAGAUUGAGGACAACGAACACUUUGCUAAUUUCUAUCAAAAGGUCAAUGCGCUCACAGGUGGUUCGACGAAUAGUUUCGAGAACGACGUAAGCAGUUUGGCGAAUUCAAUGGUUUCCGAAAAUGAGGCAGCGGACGUAGAACUGCAGAAAAAGAUAUAUUCCGAAUGGUGUGACCUAAGACAGCAAAGGCUAAAAGAGGAUCUAGAGCGACUACAGCGUAAGAAACGAGUUGAAGAAAUUGAACGAAUUAAUCAAUCUAUGGUCGAAGAAGAGCAAAAGUUGUGGUUCUUUGAAAACGAAGAUAAAAUUGAUCUUCAAAUCGACAGCAAACGAAUCUUCUAUCAUAAACGUUGGUUCGGUAAAAAGAAGAAACCCAGAACUGUGGAUCAGGGUUACGUGCCGCCAGAAGUACAGAAGAAAAGGAUGUAAGGCCAUUGCAUUUCGAUUAGAUUUUUAGAUUGGAUGAAAUAAAGAAUUCGUUAGGUUGUUUUGAGACUUGAA